GAAAAUGUAUAAGUAGCAGUAGGGUUUCAAACAUUCCAUUCAUUUUGUACGUGAAAGUGCAAUAAAUUAAACUAGUCAUCCAAAAAUUAUAGGGAAAAGAAAAUGAAUCCAGCUGAUGAAACCUUAUCUUUCUCUAACCUUGAUUUCCUUGAAUCUAUCAAGCAGAACCUUUUGAAUGAUCCAAUUGUUUUUGAGAAUUUUUCAAAUGACGCAUUGUCUAAUAGCCCUAGCUCAAGUUCAGCAGAAAACAGCUUUAACACCUCCCUUUGUGAUGAAAACUGUGAAAAGUCCGAGUCCGAGGAGGAAAGAAAGGGGCCUAUGGUGGCGCGUGAGAAAAAAGCGCCGCAAGAUUGGAGGCGCUACAUAGGAGUGAGGCGGCGGCAAUGGGGGACGUUUACGGCGGAGAUAAGAGAUCCGAAUAGGAGAGGCGCGAGACUGUGGCUAGGAACUUAUGAGAGUCCGGAGGAUGCAGCAUUAGCUUAUGACCAAGCCGCUUUUGAGAUCCGCGGCUCGAAAGCACGUCUCAAUUUUCCGCACUUAAUUGGCUCGACCAUAACUAAGCCGGCUAGGGUUACAACGAGGUGUCGUAUGCGCUCACCGGAGCCAUCGUCUUCAGCUUCUUCAGAAAAUAGGACAAGGAAAAGUAAGAUAGAUGUGAUAAACUCCAUAGCUAAAGCAAAAUUUAUUCGUCAUAGCUUGAUUAAUCUGCAAAUGUUGGUAUAAUUGUGAGGAACUAAGGUUUCUUCGUG